CCGAGACGGACCCCGGGACCGGGACUUUGUUCCGUUCCGUCUCGCGCUGUCCUCUUCUCUCUCCCGAGUCUCGACCCAAAAUUCUCAGCGCCCACUGGAAAGAGGAGAGAUUUUUGCGGGAGGAAUCCGGCUGCCGGCCUGCGGGUGGGUUAUUAAAAAACAACAGCGCACUGGCCUUGGGAAUUCCACGGCCUGGAAUCUUCUGCCGUCUCGGCUCUUCAUCCCUCCGUUCCACGGCCUGUGGUGGGUGUCCCAGUCGCCUUUGAUUCCUUCCCCCGUCUUCCCCCCCUCAGAUCUGCGAUCCUUAUCCCCCAGUUCCCCCGUCCUCUCCUCGGCCUCAGUCGGGGAGACGCAGACUCCUGUUCCAAUGAUUUCGUAGGUGAGGAUUGAGAGAGAGUCUGGAGGCUGCCGGCUGGUUUGGUGGCUCAGCCAAGCGGGGCGGUGGUUCCACGCCGUUCUUGCCGCCUGGUGCCGCCGGAGCUUCUGUGUUGAAGCCUGUGUUCGGAGUUUCUGCGUUGAAGGCUGUGUUCUGCUCUGCUGAUUGGGAAAAAAAACUGGUUUGGUGCAGAUAUUUGAUGCCGCGUUGGUUCCAGGGACCGGGAGCUGGGUGCUUGUGUGAAUUUGGCUUUCCUUUGAUCCGAUUGGUGCUUAAUUUGAGCCUGUGGAGGUUUCUUGGGAUCAGGGAGUUGGUCUCCGUCGAAGGAGAUUGCUAGCUUGCAGGCUCAUAGCCAUUGGCGCCGAACUUGCCUGUCGUACGGUCUUUCCUGUGCCAGAGUUGAAUUUGGCGGAGAAAUUUGCUGCUGUGAAGCCGCUUUAAGCUAUUACCUUUGCUAACCUUUCCAUUCGAAGGCUUGACCUUUUGGGUUCCGGAGCUGAUUGGUGAUCGACGGGUCUUGGAGUGCCGGUCUAUACCUGCGUUAUCAACAGGACAUUUCUGCAGAAGAAAAGUUGUCUCCUGUGCAGAUAGCCGGAUACUGCUUUGCUAGUAUAUUAAAUUGCUUCUUGUGUUUGAACAAAGAUUCUGUUCAGCCAGAAGACAGUGCUCUUCUUUAUAUCCUGUCCGGAGCACAAUACAGUGCUCCAAAUCCAUAUCGGCGUACUAGGAGUGGAUAAGGAUCUUUGCCUCUUGGCGAGUGGAGCGAAGCCAUGGAUGUGCCUACGCCUCCCAGCCGUACCAGCUGCAACAGUAACAUCAGCAACAUCGGCAGCCCCAUGCAAUCUUUUGAUGAUCCCUUUGGUGUUGCUGCCAUGACGAGCUUUGAUGGAUACUCGGAGCUCUGCAGCCCAUCAGUUGCUGAUCACAUAUUCUCGCUGCUGAAUGACCCCUCGGCUGCGCAACAGAUGUUUGCCAUGUGGCCAUCCUUGGGAUCAUCUCCGCGUGCUUCUGCUGCGAGAGAAGACAUGCCGUUUGACACCUAUCCUGGACCUGUGGACGCGGCAGCAUCACUUGCUCAAAGGAUUAACUCAGCAUCAGCAUUGAACCCAACUGGAGUGGACAUAGGGCUAAAAGACUCAGAUGGGCUUAUUCCAAAUAAUGGUUCACAGCAAGGGAGUAACAUCAUUCCAAGGUCCGUUGGCAACUUUCUUGCAGACAGGAUGCUCAUGGCGCUAUCUUUGUUCAGGAAGUCAUUGAGCGAUGGUGUUCUUGCGCAAGUCUGGAUGCCCAUUGAGCACAAUGGUCGUGUCGUGUUGAGUACAUCCGAGCAGCCCUAUUUACUUGACCAGGAUCUUGCAGGUUACAGAGAAGUUUCUAGAAGUUUCUAUUUUUCAGUUAAGGAGGAGCCUGGUCUGCACCUAGGGCUUCCAGGGAGGGUCUUCAUAUCCGGGGUGCCAGAGUGGACCUCAAGUGUUAUGUAUUACAGUAAGCCAGAGUAUUUGAGAAUGGAGCAUGCUCUUCUUCAUGAAAUACGAGGGUCACUUGCUAUGCCAGUUUAUGAUCCCAGCAAGGGCUCUUGUUGCGCUGUUCUAGAACUUGUCACGAACAAGGAGAAACCUGAUUUUGAUGCAGAGAUGGACAUUGUCUGCGAUGCCUUGCAGGCUGUGAACUUGCAGACAACAACAGAUCGUGGCAAUCAGAAGGUUUACUCUGAAAAUCAGAAAUCUGCUUUUACCGAGAUUUUGGAUGUUCUAAGAGCUAUUUGUCAUGCACAUAUGCUUCCUUUGGCCCUUACGUGGGUCCCUACAUCAAACAGCAUCACUAAUGGUUUUUGUGUUCAAAAGAAUAUUGGGGUUGAUUCGCAACCAGGAAAAGCAGUACUUCGUAUCCAUGAAACGGCUUGUUAUGUUAACGAUGCAAAGAUGCAGGGGUUUCUUCAUGCAUGUGCUGAACGUCAUCUUGAGAAAGGGCAGGGUAUUGCAGGCCGAGCCCUUAAAUCCAAUCUUCCAUUCUUUUCGCCUGAUAUAAGAGAGUACAGUAUCGAAGACUACCCGCUUGCACACCAUGCUCGUAAAUUUGGUCUGCAUGCUGCUGUAGCCAUCCGGCUGAGGAGUACGUACACCGGUAACGAUGACUACAUACUAGAAUUUUUUCUCCCAGUCAACUGCAAGGGCUGUGGAGAGCAGCAGAUGUUAUUAAACAACCUUUCCAGCACAAUGCAAAGAAUAUGCAAAAGCUUGCGAACAGUUUCUGAAACAGAGAUUGAAAAUGUUAGAGCUACUGCACCAAUGUGUGAGAAGACUAAUGGAAGUUGUUUACCAACUGGUAACUCUGAAAGUUCCUCACAUGAGGACCAGCCAAUCACAGAAUCUGCAUUCCAGGAUCUAUCUUUGGGUGACAAACAAGGAGACAGAGAACCUGACAAGGCACGGAGUAGCUCAAUGCGAGUUGCAGAAAAAAAACGCAGUACAUCUGAAAAGAAUUUUAGUCUGGAUGUUCUUCGCAAAUACUUCUCUGGGAGCCUUAGGGAUGCUGCAAUGAGCCUUGGUGUUUGUCCAACGACUUUAAAACGAAUAUGCAGACAACAUGGAAUUUCCAGAUGGCCAUCUCGAAAGAUAAACAAGGUCAAUCGUUCAUUGAAGAAGAUUGAGAAGGUCAUUAAAUCUGUUCAUGGUGUGGAUAGAUCUUUGCAGUACGACCCUGCUACUGGGUCGCUUGUUCCAGCAACCUCUCUUCCGGAUAAGAUGCCAUUCUCUGCUUGUGAUACAUUGCCUACCUCAUCUGUUGGGAAAACAGUGGAGGAAAAAUCUAGCCCAAAAUCAGAACAAGAUUUGUCUUCACCUGAUGGAUGGCAAAGAGAAGCUAGCCAAUUUCAUGUCUCCAGUAUACCAAAAAGGGAUGGUGACGAAGUUCAAAUGCUGGCAAACAACAACAAAGGCAGCAGAAACUAUGCUUCUGGUAUUGCAAGUAUCACACCACAUUCAAACUCUGAAGACACACAAGGUCCUCUGUGUCCCAUUGUUGCUGUUAAUUAUUUGCAUACUGGAGAACCAUGCUACAUCAAUUCUCCGACCUCCCUCCACCCAAGCAUGGAUAGCAUUGAAGGCCAAACAAUGGGAAUGAACUCGCCAUUUGUACAACAAGCAGAUGUCACUAUGGUCGAUGGUCAUGACACCAAGGAGCAGACCCACCCUUCCACCUCUGGCAUGACUGAUUCUUCGAGCGGCAGUGCCUCAAGUCAGCCUACUUUCAAGGGGAACCCAGGACACACCCUCCUCAAAGAUAGAAGCAGCCCCGCACUGACAGUGAAAGCUACCUACAAUGGCGACACUGUGCGGUUCAAGUUUCUGCCAACAAUGGGCUGGUACCACUUACUGGAAGAGAUAGCAAAGAGGUUUAAGCUGACGACUGGAGCGUUCCAGCUCAAAUACAAGGAUGACGAGGACGAGUGGGUGAUCCUGGCGAAUGACGCUGACCUCCAGGAGUGCAUGGACGUCCUGGACUCGAUCAGCUCGUGCAACAUGAAGCUGCAGGUGCGCGACCUCCCCUGCCUCAUCAGCAGCUCAGGCAGCAGCAGCUGCUUGCAGGUGGAAGCGCAUAGCUCAUGACAGGACCGAAGCCUAGGUUAUCGCCCAUAGCCUGUUGUAGUAGGUCUAGUGUUCUGUUGUUGCCGUAGAGGAUCCAUGUUUAUGUUCACGCGAUGUCGCCUUAUGGAAUGUACAAAUGGCGAGUGUAAAAAGAAAAAACGGGAGUGUAAUACUCGCUGCAUGGUUGAAACAAUGCCGAGAAGGUCUUGUCAUAAUCUGUUGCUGGUUUCGAAAGCCAUGGUAAUGAUCUGUUGCCAUUAAGAUGAAGGUUUAAGAUGCAACACCAAGUUUCUGAA